UAAUCAUUUCUAAGAAUCUAUAUAGUAGUAAUAAGUAAUCAUUUGUACUCUGAGCGCAAGCAGCCAAAAACACUUUACCCUUGCCCGACGCAGCCAAUGAUACGGCGUCUACUGCUGCCUAGAUACUCUAGUGAUGGGGAGCGGAAUUCGGAGACGCAGCAGGCAGUACACCUAGAGAGCUGACAGGAAACUGUUUGACGACUCCAGAUCUUGGCAGAGAGAGAAAAACAUGGCAACAGUCUGGGAUGAUCCACAGUUCCUUUCCUUUGAUGAAAACGAGUUCGAUGAUGUAUUUGAACAACCAUCUCCUGCCUCCUUGGAGAUAAAGUCUCAGGAGUGUAGGAUAUCAGAUGCAACUAGCAACUAUAUGCAUGGGUAUAUGACAGGCAGCCCUGCCAACAGCAUCAGCCACAUUGGGAUAGUUUGCCCAGGAAUGGUUACACUUCAUUCGCUAAGCAAUGGACGGGACUCAGGUUAUGGCCCAUCUCCUUCAUUGUUUCAAUCCUUCACAUCAUCCAGUGAUGAGGAUGACUCUGUUGACUUACCUGGGAGAACUCAUCCAGGUGUCACUCCACCGAUAGCAAUUCCUCCUUGUUUGCGUUCUGCUCAAAGGCAUAAGAUAAGUUAUCACUCCCGUCAAGAGAUCAUUCAUAAAGCUGCUCAGAACCCUAUGUUAAUAAGACGAGGCAGGUCAAAGUCUUGUCCUGCCACUUCAAGAGCUUCAGCACGGCAGCGUCUUCCAGUAUCCUUAAGACGUACAUUCACUCCUGUGCCAACCCAUGAGAGCUCUUGCUUCAUACCAAGAGGAGACAACAAUGAACACUGUCACUUGAAGUCUUCUCAUAAAACAGAAAGUGCCAUCAUACAGGAUCCCAAUGAUCUGAGCAGGAAAGAGGGGACCCUUGGCCACCAGUGUCGUGUGUUGGUGUUGGCAUUACCUGACCUUGUGGUAGAGAGUGAGAGAGACUCCCCAGAUUCCAACACCGAGGUGUCUCCAACCCCAGCUUGCUCUAGCAGGUCACGAGCAUUCUCUUGUGAGGUAACCCUUGCUGAGGAGGUUGGGCGAAAGCUGCGGUGGAUUGCUGACUCUUUUUCUGCAACAAAAGCACAAUCAUCUAAUGCAUCACUUUAAGUAAACAGUUACACAUGGCAGAGACACCAGAGGAGAUACAAGAUACUUAGAGUGUAAAUCCAACAGCCAAAUUGCAUGUGAAGCAGUGUGGGCAGGAAUCUCAUAGACAAGCUACUGGACAGGCAGGGAGACAGACAGGUACUCAGAGGAAAAAGACAGGCAGUGUCUGCGGCAGCCUCUCUCUUCUUUCCGCCUGACAUCACUAACCCUCUCCCUCCCAAACUGGCAUCCCCUCUGGGUAUCUCUACCAAUCCUGCCUCCUUUUUUACACAGCCCCUACCUUUCAAGAUUGAAUGUGGCAUCUUUCUAGCUCACACCUCAUAAUCAGUAAUACAAAUAUUUUUUUGGGGGGGCGGUUCUUCAUGGGCAGUCAGGAACACACAGCACUGGUUGCUUAACACUGCACUCUGUGGUGGAUGAUCUGGACAGUGAACAAGAGUCAUCUUCCUCCUCAACAAGGCAGCUCUAGGAAGGUGCAUCCGCUCCCUCGUCACUGUCAUUCUGGUCCCUGUGUCCAUCCUGCCCUUCAUCAUCAAGCAGCACAUCCCAUGAGAAGUGGCCAGGGCCAGCAUACUUUGCCAGAUGGUCAAUAUGCACCACAUUCCUCCAAGUGAUGUCUGUGUGUUAGAACUUCCUCAAUACUAAAUGGCUCCUCUACCAGCCAGGUGCAGGUUGCUGUACACUUUACGCCUCGUCACAUCCAGUGUGCUGUUGCGGAGCCUCAGUGUACUCAGUGUGCACUGAGCCUCUUGUUUGGAGGCUUUCCUGUAGUUAGGUCCACAGGAAAACGGAGCAAGCUUGCCAACAUGUAUUUGGUAGCCUCAUGCUGUGCUGGCCUGUUAGCCAUCCCUUUGUAAGGCAGCCACAGAUCCCAGUCCUGCUGCACACCGUCACAAUACUUGGCCAGGUCUAUCACAAGGGUUUGGUUGAACCCUUCCAGCAUGGACUCCAGCAUGUCAUCUAUCCAUGGCAGGAGGGUAGAGUCCUUAACAAUGACCUUAGGGCCCAGUAUCCAUACAAAACCUUUUUUUGCCGUCCUUGUCAGCAAGGACUACAGGCAAUGAUCAGAAACUGUUUGACCACUCAGUGAGGCCCAAGGCAGCCAUCUCCUCCAUUCCCUGCAUAUUCUGCCACUUAGCUGGGGCCUCUCGGUAUGGAGCUGAGCACUAGCAGGUGUAGCAUGAGGCAGGAGACGCAUGCAGAACAGGAGUGGCACUACUUCAGCCACGGGGCCCUGGCAGCUCAUCUCAAUAGCACAGCACAGCUGCUUCCCCACAUCCAGGAGACUGUACAGCUGUUUACAGUCUUCUGUAGGCUACACAGGUGUUGGACUAGGCAAACUACAUGAGGGAGCAAGGUCUCGCAUGAAUAGCUGCUAGCGUUGCAGGAGCUUCUCUCUGCCAGAGAAAGUGCCUCUCUCUUUUUCCCACCUGACAUCACUCACCCUCUCCUGCCCAAACUGGUGUCCCCUCUGGUUACCCCUACUCUCCCCUCCUUAAAAUAUAUAUAGAAGAGUACAGCAGACAGCCCAACACAUGCAGGCCAUGCGGAGCAAGGUUUGGUUGUGUUGGGGAAAACUGAUUGUACCACUCCUAGCAGUUAUUUACAAUGAUACUUUAAAACAGCAAAGUAGGACAUUAUUUACUCAUAGUUACUGAUAUUUAUUGUUAGAUAAGAAAAAUAGUUUAGGAUUAUGUUUUGGUAUCUACAGAUAAUGACAGCCACAGGUGAUGAAACUCAUUCCAUCUUUUAUUUUCUAAAUCUUUUUGCCUUUCUAAUCUGUUGUCAUAGCUUUCAUUGGUUUUUUUCACAUUCUUUGGCUCUUUGGUACUGAUUUAAGAAUCACUAUAGCCUUCUGAUUGUUGUCCAUGUUGGAAGUCAAGUAGGAGUUCUAAAUAGUAUUUAAGAUGGAAAUUGCCAGAAAGUGGUUGAAAUGCACAUAGAACACUUGCAGCUGUAUGUGCAAACAUAGUCAUGUGCCACUUAAACAAACUAUUUAUUUGUUAUUAUUUUAUUUUUAUCCAUUUUCUCAAUAUUUAGUAUUAUUAAUCUCCUCUGCUGAAAACCUACAAGUAAUCAAAUCCGUAAUCAUCAAACAACAUAUAAUUUGAAAAGUCAAAUGUUACCAAUGCCUUUGAUUUUAAGCACCUAUAUCAUAUAUGUAACCUUUUAGUAUUCUAUAUAUUGAUAGGAAUAGUUUUAAUUCAUUAAGAUGCUCUUUGUAUAAUUUGUUUCUUAAGUUUGGUAUAAUUUUUGUUACUUUACGCUGAAUUCGUUCUAGUUUAUCAAUGUCUUUUUGAUAAUAGGGCCACCUUGUUUGAAUGCAGUAUUUGAAAAUGGGAUUGACUAAAGAUUUAUACAAAGUGAGGAUUGUAUCCUUAGAUUUAUUUAAAAGA